AUGUAUGGUAGAGGAACGUACUUCCUGUCAGACCUAGUGAAGGACACUGGAGCUUAUCACCUGCCCAACACCAGACCGAUUAACGCUGAAACCUUGCUGACCCUGUAUCAAAGAGAUUUUGUGGAAGACAUUGAGGUGGAAUUCUCGGAAUCCCACUCAUCAAGUCGGUCAAAAAACCCACACCUCAGCCACCAUCCAAGGAAGUGCAAGACAACUCACGCACUCCAUGACUCAAGCAGCAGCGAGGAAGGUUCUCAGGUUGAGGGAAAUGUGGCAGAACUGGAUAUAGGAAGCCACCGCCCUGCAUUCAACAUCCAUUCAGGGAAGAUUGUAGAUUCAACAUCUAGCAAUCUAUCUGCCAUUCAGCAUCAGUUUGCAUCUGAUGUCUUUCAGCUGGUACCAUCUCCAAAGUUAGCCUCUGAGCCUCCUUGGAUACUGCUCAAUGCAGUGGAGAGGCAGGGAGCUAGGGUGGACAUAUUUGAUUCACUGGACCUUGGUGGAGUUUCUAGUCAGAUUCAGUAUCAAAUCACUAGCAACAGCGACUGGAAUGACUUGAGGUGGCUGGGAAUGGACCUUCUUGCCAUCUGGAGAACCCAGGAAUUGCCCCUGCCUGGCACUCAACCCCAGAUUCAAUGGCAAAAAUGUAGCUGUGGUGCUGGGUUUUACAACAGUCUCAUAAAGAGUCAAGCAGUAACGGGCAUCAGAUAUAACACUGUAACCUACUGGAAACAUAUGACUGUUUUGGACUACUGUGCAACAUCGCAAAAUGCCCGCUCCACCGUCCCUGUAUCUGAGCGGAUCAUAAUGACAGCAAUCAACAUCUGCCGAAUGCGGGUGUUUAUACGUGCACUCCAUGGUGGUGACAGCACUGAGUUCCACAACACUGGGACAGAAGAGCUCCACUUCGAUGAAGUAGCUAUGUUGCUGGAAAUGCACCUCGCUAGGCUUUUGAAUGAUGAAAAAGGCCCUCAAUUCAUGGUAUCUUGA